AAAGCAGGGGCCCCUGCCCACCGUGGGUCAGAGAGGCGCCCUGUGUCACCCACCCCCAGGAGUGAGCUGCGCCGACCAAUUCUGUGCCCGAGACCACCGGCAGAGGCUGGAGAAUCCGGUCUUCCAAGGAGACAGGAGGCUGAGAUUGGCUGUGAUUGUUGACACCUUGAAGGAGCCACAGAAUUUACCCACGGUUGUGCCAGUGCCAAGUGGACAAGCCACAGGAGAUCCUAGCCUCCUGCUUCUCAGUCUGCUCUAGGAGCAGAGCCUAAAGGUACUAAACCAGGAAGCUACAGGGACAAGGAAAAGCAGAAGUGGGAGGCUUGAAGACUAGACCCUCCUCCUCGAAGGGGCCUGACGACGCCUGGCAGUGCUGCAGGUGACGUCUGUGCCAGAGAGAUGAGCCGGCGGGGCCGGGUCCCGUGGCUGUCCUGGGCUCUGCUGCUUCUCUGGGUCCCAGGUUGUUGGUCUCUGCGCGGCCCCCGCUCCGUGACGGGUACCGUGGGGGGAUCUGUGAGCGUGCAGUGUCAGUACGAGGAAGAAUUCACAGAUAAUGACAAGUACUGGUGCAAGAAUCUGUGUGUGUGGAAGAUGGUAAAGACCAAAGGGGCAGACAGAGAAGUGAGGAGUGGCCGUGUGUCCAUCAGGGACCAUCCUGCAAAUCUCACCUUCACAGUGACCUUGGAGAGACUCACAGAGGAUGAUGCCGGGACAUACCGGUGCGGGAUCGAUUCAUCAGGGCUCCCAGGAUAUUUGUUCGACCACACCUCCCAAGUUGUGUUGUCUGUGACCCCAGCAACAACGCCUGCCCCACGUGUCAGCAUCGCUGUAACCCAAAUGUCAACAACCACAGCUAAAAUUACGACCACGCCGUACCCGCCCUCCUCCGGGGCCCCGACUGCCGUGGGAGCCACCUGCAGUGCAAGCAGCCAGGAGGAGUUCCUGCCGAGCCAAGGCCCAGGGCUCCAAGUUCUCCUCUCCUUGUUGGCACUUCUGCUGCUUCUGCUGGGGGGCAGCUCGCUGCUGGCCUGGAGGAUGGUUCGCAGGCGGCUCAAAUCUGGCGAGAAUCCAAAGCAACUGCGGUCCCCCAGUCAGCAAGGGGAACCCCACUAUGCGAAUCUGGAGCUGCAGACGUGGCCCUUUCGGGAAGAGCCCAUGCACCCAAAGCAGCCAGAGGUGGAAUACAGCACAGUGAAGGCUCCCAGGGAAGAACCUUACUACUCGACUGUGGUAUUUGACUUCCAGAGUGGGAGUUCUGAGGCCAACAGCAUUCGCUCCCAGAGGACCCUGGACGAGGAGACACAGUACAGUGUGAUUAAGAAGACAUAAUCCUGUGUCACCAGCCCCAUCAUGUGGAGGUCUCUGUGGGCCACAGAAUACCAGGGCCCGGGCCCUCAGCCCUCACUGAUGUCUGCCUCAGGCUGCUCCCCUCGACGGUCACCAAUAAGGCAGCUGGGUGCCAUCAGCUUGGUUGGCUUUGUUUAGGAUGAGUGGGAGUGGGAUUCCAGUGGGGACCUGUAGGGAACCCUCCAUCCCACAGGCUCUUUUCACACCCUUCCUCUCUUCCUGCUUCCUUCCAGCAGUGUGUGGAGGGCAGAAGCUCAGUCCCAUGUGGCUCCAGGAAAAGACUUGACCCUCAUAGGAGGGUACCUACAAAGUUUAUAAAUUACAGCUCCAUGGACAUGUCUGGAAUC